AUGCUUUAUUCACAAUGUUUUUCUUCACUAUCAAAUACUAGUGAAGAUAUUAGUGAAGAAUAUGUUUCUUUUACUUCACCUCAUCUAGAGUUUAAUUGUUCAACAUGGUUAUAUUUUAAUCAACGUUCUCAAAUUUGGUACUGUUGGGAUGAUCAUAAUCGAAAUUAUUUUAAUCGAAAAUGGUUAUCUCGUUGGUGGAAUGUUGAGAAUAAUAGAAUUGAACAUCAAAAUGGUUGCAUCUAUUAUUUAAUAAAACAGUCAGAAAUCUUUCAUUUAAAUUUAUCACUUCAAUCUGUUUAUAAAAAUUUUCUAAAAUCUUAUCCUUACUAUCCCAUCAUUGUUUUUCAUGAAGGAGAUUUAAGUGAGAAUGAUCAACAACAAUUAUCCAUUAAUAUUAAUGAUAUACCGAUUACAUUUGAACAAAUUAAAUUUGUUCCAUCAAAAUGGCAAUCUGUACAUACAACAUGGUAUUCGGGCUAUUAUCAUAUGUGUCAAUUCAAUGCCAUAAUGUUACAUAAACAUCCUCUAAUUACCUAUUUCGACUAUUAUUGGCGUCUAGAUUCUCAUUCGUAUAUUAUGACAAAUAUUAACUAUGAUUUAUUUGAUUUUAUGAGAAUAAAUCAUUUAAAAUAUGGUUUUAUAAUGGUGGAUGAAGAUGCUGAUCAUUAUUUAACAAAUCUUUGGGAAACAUUUACAGAUUAUUUAAAACAUCAUUGUCUUUCACCAUCUGAAAAUAUUCGUCAAGCUCAAACAAAUUUUUUUGCACAAUACAAUAUGAAAAUAAUUUACAAUAAUUUUUUUAUUGUUAAAACUGAUAUAUGGCAACAACCACAAAUCUCUAACUUUUUAUCUCAUCUCGAUAAAGUUGGUGGUAUUUAUAAAUAUCGUUGGGGUGAUGCUCCUAUUCAUACAUUGAUAAUAUCACAAUUUCUAAAUCGAAAUGAAGUUGUUCGUUUUCGUGAUAUUGGCUAUUUUCAUAAACAAGAAUUUGUUUGUCCAAAUACAAUUACGUCUGAAUGUAAUCCGAAAGAGUAUUUUCUAUAUAAAAAUGAGAGAUAUCAUCACUAUAAACAAGGAUGUAAUUCACAUGUGAUUACAUAUCCAUUAUGCCAUUAUUAUCCAGAAAAAUUAUAA